AUGCCCGAGGAACAUCCUCGUCCGAAUCCUGCCUUCGACAAGAUCGAGAACUUCAACUUCUUACUGUCGCGCACUGAUCCGGCGGCCAAGACUCGUCACUAUUCUUUCGACGCCGACACCGGGCUGGUCCCGUUUACCCACGUCAACAUGGAUUACGAUCAGACCGAAGGCAUGGGCGGUCUGUCUGUCAGCUCCUACGACAGCAUUGACGAUGAUCGCUCACUUGACUUGAGGGGAUAUCCCUAUCACGGCCCUGCCGGCGACAAAUCAAUCAACUAUUCUAUUCCCGACCACAUGAUGCCGUACUCGGCUCACUCCAUCUACCCGCCAGUCCCCUUUGCGCCCGAUGAGCUCGGCCACGCACCGGGAAACAUGACCCCAUCGGACGUCUCCUCGUCCAUCUCCCCGCCCAACGGAGUCAUGGGCAACACCAAGUACUCCACCUCUAUUCCCGGAGACCGCAUCGCGGCCGCCCUGGGACAAGAGGAAGGGGUCCGCAUGGCCGCGGAAGAAGAUCGUCGCCGCCGCAACACCGCGGCCAGUGCCCGCUUCCGCAUGAAAAAGAAGCAACGCGAACAGGCGCUCGAACGCACCGUCCGUGAAACCACGGAGAAGAACGCUUCCCUCGAGGCCCGGGUAGCUCAACUCGAAAUGGAAAACCGAUGGCUCAAGAACCUACUCACCGAGAAGCACGAGGCCACCUCGUCGCUCAUGCCGCCGCCGUCUGAUAGUUCCGCCUUGGAGAAUCCCAAGGGCGGCCGUGGCGGUCAAAAACAUAUCCAGCCUAAAAAGAAGGGCGUCGGAACUGACGAGUAA